GGGUGGAUUGUGAUUGGGCUGCUGAGGGCUCAGAAAAACAAGUUACGCCAUAUUGUCAGUUUCCGAAGACAGUGCCACAUUCCCGCAAAAAUGACGAAAUAGUUUACUCAACCCACGCUAGACGCUAAGAUGGCGCACACUGGUGCAAAAGAAGACGCAUCCGUGGAGGAUUGCCCUGACAGACAGGGGUCUAGUGUCUGUCUGCGAAGUCGACCAUGCUCCAGCGAGAGAGACGGUCAGGUACGGACUGUCAAAGCUGCCCUUCAGUCCAGGUUGGGGCCCUACGAGCCCGUCCUGACCUACCUGCAGUCCGUCCUCGUUUGGGAAAGACCCUUUCAGUGUUUGCUUCUCUACACUGUGGUCAACGUUGUGUUCUGGUUCUUCGCCCUGACCUCACUGCGCCUGCUGUUCCUGCUGGCUUCUGGUCUGGCUGUGCUUGUCUGUGUUGAUACCUGGAGAAACAAGAUCUGGCCGGAGAUUAGAGUCAGAAACCUGGAUGAAUCAGAAAAUGAGAGCUGGGGUCUGGUGCAGCCCGGCAUCCUCAGUGUGCCUGAACUGUGCCACCACAUGGCUGAGGCCUGGGUCAGCGCAGCAGUUCUCACAUCCAGUGUGGUGCAGUACAAACGACGUAACCCUGGCAAGUUUUGCAUCCUGACCUGUGGAGUGUUCACCUGUUUGGCUGUGGUUGGACGCUACAUUCCUGGAUUGGUGCUUUCCUACUCUGCUGUGUUGGCUACUCUCGUGGCCCCUCUCGCAGCCUAUCACAGAGUGUUUCAGCAUGUGUGCGUGAAGCUGGAGCCGGCCCUGCAGUGGCUGGACUUCAGUGUUCGUGGAUACAUGAUGUCAAAGCCUAUUGAUAAUCAGUUCCUGCGGAGGCCCAUUCAUGGUGCAGCCUCAGAUGAAGCCAGUGACAGUGAGGAAGAGUUGGCUGCUUUCUGUCCAACUUUUGAUGAUGCUGUUGUCGCGAAGGAACUUGCACUGACUGACUCUGAGCACUCUGAUGCUGAGGUGUCCUACACUGACAAUGGAACAUUUAACCUAUCACGUGGCCAGACCCCGCUCACAGAGGGCUCUGAGGACCUUGACAGACACAGUGACCCUGAGGAAUCCUUUGCUCAAGACCUCCCAGACUUCCCCUCCAUUAACCCUGAUGCCACUCUGAUGGAUGAUGACGAUGAUACGAGCAUAGGUCUGCCUAGUCUCGGCCCAUCCGGCCUAGCUAGUCACCGGGCUUCAGUGCUGGAUGUAGAUGCUCACCUGGACUCAGACCAGGACGAUCUGGAUGCAGAACUUUCUCUCGGCGGCCUGCCACCUGUCUCUGAUUUGACUGGAGACUUGGCCGGAGUCAUCGCCAGCAACAUGAUCCAGGCAGCGCUGAUAGGGGCAAUGCAACCUCGGCCUCCUGCUACCCAGCGCAGAGACGGCCCUCCCAGGGCCGGGGCCCACCGAAGCUACCGCAAGCAGUCCAGCUCCGAGCUGGACACAGACUUGGACGGAGAGGACUUUGAAAUGCUGGAUCAGUCUGAACUGAACCAGUUGGAUCCCCUUGGAGGAGGAGGGGGUACUAGACGGGCAGAGAGCCAGGGGUCUAACUUCUUGUCUAGCCUGCUGGGUAAACCACAGUAAGAGGUGCGUGUGUGUGCGUGUGCGCAUGCUCUUCAUGGGCAGUGUACAUGUUGAUGAGCUGCGAGUGUGUGUUGUGUGUGUGAGAGAGAUGAUUUUAGGUUCCAGCAGCCCCGCUUCUGAUUGGCAUCAGUUUAUCACUGUGAAGUAUUUUAUUUUUUCUAUCUUUUCAGAGUCAUUUCUCCCAUACCUUGAAACCCUGAUCAUCCUGAAAACUUUUACUUUGUAGGCUGAGCAAUAGGAAAUGCAACAGUUAAAAAAAAAAAAAACACAUUCAGACAAGGAAUAACCAGCAUUAUUGAGCCGUGUUGCAGUCUUGGAA